GAUGAUUUGAUGGCACUGCUCAAGGUGUGCUCGUCCCCAACGGAAAAACUCUUGUGAAAAUAUUGAAAAUCGUGAAAAGCGAAGGCUAGCUGCGUCAUGUACUGCACCACCCGACUGCUCAGAUACGUUCUGUGUGUCAUCAGUGGCAUUUGUGCCCUAGGUGGCUGCCUGCUCAUCUGGUAUGGCGCCUGGCUGCUGGACAGCCUCUCUGAGCAGCAGAGGGUGAUGGGUCUGGAUAAUGGCGAGGAUCUGGCUGCUUAUCUCUGCAUCCUCCUGGGCUUCGUCGUCGUAGUGGCAAGCAUCUUUGGCUCCGUGGCUGUGGCCAAAGAUUCCAGAAGCUUGUUGAUCUGUUAUGCAGUCCUAAUGGUCCUACUCUUAAUCAUUCAGUUUGUGAUGGUCAGCAUUAGUUAUGCCGCCAGUCGCGAGUCUUUGCCUGAUUCCCUGAGACAGGGAUUCGAUGAUCUGUGGGACAUGGGGCACGAAGGCAACAGCACAUUGCACUCGUACGAGGAGUGGCUCCAUUGCUGUGGUCGAAACAGUGCCGAGGACUAUCUGCAUGUCGAGAAGAUGCCCCCAGCGAGCUGUUGCCUCGAUAGGGACUGCACCCAGCUCAUGAAUCUCUUCAUGUCCGGCUGCGAAGUCAAGUUCAAGGAGUAUGUCAGCGGAAAGACAGCGAACUUUCAUACCCUAAGUUGGUUUCUAAUACUGUUUGAGAAUCUUGUUUUAAUUACAGUUUGCCGGCUCGGUGACCACCUGCUACCUGGCGGACAGCAUUCGCAAUCAUCGCGACCGCAUACGAUUCUAUAAUUAAAUAAGUUUUAGGUGUUUAGCACGAGCUGUAUUAUCGUUAUUUGUUGUGACUAAUUUCCUAGCCAGAGGGCCCUGGCGAAUUGUGAUUGUAGUUUACGUUGCUUAGUCAAGUUAGGCUACAGAUAUCCAGUAUUCAUUCAUAAAACUGUAAACUAACGCCCACGCCUAGAAAAUGCCUAAAAUCGAAAUGAAAAUAAAUAAACCCGUUGGUUGCCAUUGA